GCGAAGGAGAGGAGAAAGCGACAGGGACGCGGUGGACAUGUAGGAACAACGGACACGACAGCUCUAACGCUUCAUGUCCACCUCACGUCGUGGGGUUUUUUAAAACUUUUUUCUACUUUGUGGAGUUUUCUUUUUUCCACGGUGGUUUCGUCGCUUUACGGUCCGAGUCCUGUAUCCCUGGCAACGCGACCAACUGUCCUGCGAAGUUCGGAUCAAGUGUUUUUUUACCUCAGACGGAAAACAGACUGGAUAUUAAGCCGCUAACCCAACGGAACUUACUCUGGGGGCAUGCUACCGUGUGUGGGACUUCUCCAAACUGCCCCCGUUCACAUUUAACUUGCUUUUAAUUCGAAACUUUUGUUUAGGGAAACGGGACAGCGCGAGACAAUAGUGGUGAGGGAGAGAGGGAGCUCGUGCACGGGAAGAGGAGGGUAGGGGGAGUCGGUGCCUCGCGGGGGCUUUGUUCUGCCCCGGGUAGAGAGGUGGCGGAUAUCGACCGACCGAGCGGUGGAUUUAAUGAUUAGUUGGUGAUUACAAAGUGGAGUCGGAAGCCGUGGGAACAACCAUGGACGUGACUCUGUCCGAGUUACUGGCCACUUUCAUGGAGUCACCGCUGGUGGUGUGGGUGCGGUUGUUGGGGCCGCUGGGUUCAUGUGAAGAUGUGGGCUCAGAGGAGCGAGUCAGCAUGUUCAUGGAGCUGGUGGACGGGGUUUUCCUGCACAAGAUCAUGACACACAUUGACCCUAGCCCCAGUAAUCAGAGAUUGAACAAGAAUGUGAACAAUGACGUGUCGCUUCGCCUUCACAACCUGACUGUUCUCACCAGGCACAUCAGGACUUUCUACCAGGAGAACUUACAGCAGUUAAUAGUCAUGCCCCUUCCUAACAUCCUCUCCAUCGCUAAGGAUCCAAUAUCAGCCAAGAGCAUGGAAGAACUGAAAAGAAUGUUGUUGCUGAUACUAGGCUGUGCUGUUCAGUGUGAGCGUAAGGAGGAGAUGAUAGAGAAGAUCAAACUGCUGAACAUCGAGACCCAGGCCGCCAUUGUCUCUCACAUCCAGGAGGUUACCCAUAACCAACUGAAUGUACUCGACCUCUCCUGGCUGGAGGAAGAAGCAGAGCUUGUGCGUGAAGAGCUGGAGCCUCUGUCCCGUAACAUGGCUACAUCACUACAGCAACUGAUUGACCAGAGAGACAAAGCCAGUGAGGUGAUUUUGGAUUUGACCCAGGAGAGGGAUUACCUGUUCAGUCAGCAGCCCCAGGAAGGGUGCAGGAACCUGGGCAUGAGCAGCCCACAGCGAGGGCAGAGCACUGGAGGUGUGGGAGUAAAUGUUGGAGGAUCCGCUCUGACUCUGACCAAAGAAGAGAGACAGCAUCUGUCUGUGGAGCUUGCUGAUACCAAGGCCAAGCUCCGCAAAUACAGACAAGAACUCGAGGAAAAAACUGAGCAUCUGAUGGAUUCAAAACAUGAAGGGGAGCGUCUGGAUCAGGAGUUACAGAAACUAAAGCAAGAGAAUCAGUCGCUAUCUUGUGAGGCUCGCUCAGCCCGAGUGUACCGGGACGAGGUGGACUCUCUGAGGGAGAGAGCAUCCAGGGUGGACAGGCUGGAGACUGAACUGACCAGAUGUAAAGAAAAACUCAAUGAUGUUCACUUCUACAAGACCAGAGCAGAGGAGCUUCGUGAGGACAACUUUACUCUGAUGGAGACAAAGAUGUUGCUGGAAGAGCAGCUGUCAGCCUCUAGGGGGCGCUUUGAAAAACUUCACACUCUGGAGAAAGACAACCUUUUACUACGAGCUAAGAUACACGACCUGGAAAUGGAGAGGGACAAUGAACGUCAGAGGCUGGAGGAGCUUGUGGAGGAGAACAUGCUGCUGGAGAUCGGACAGAAACAGAGUAUGAACGAGUCAGCUCAUCUCGGCUGGGAGCUGGAGCAGCUGAGCAAGAACCAUGACAACACUAAGACAGAGACUCGUAAGUCACUGGUCCAUGAGCUUAACGAGUGUGUUUCCAGUCGAGUGUUGAAGCUGGAGAAGGAAAACCGGGAGCUCCAGUCCUCUGUAGAGAGACUGAAGGAAGACAACCACCUCCUGCAGGAGCAGCAGCUCCACACCCAGGAGCUGGACAGGGAGAACCAGAGUUUCAGCAAGAAGUUGGAGCGUAUGCAGGGCUUAUUGGACCAGGAGAGACUGACCAAUCAGGACAUGGAAUCUCUGGGGGAGGAAAUUUUGAAGGAAAAGCAGAGUCUGGAGAGAGAGAUGCAUGUUCUGAGGGCAGAGAAGGAUCGGCUGAUCUCAGAGUUGGAGAGUGAGAAGCAUCACCUAUCUGAUGCAGUGGUGUCCCUUCAGGAGCGUGCACAGUCCAACAGUGAGGCAAGAGUCCGUGAGGUGGAAACAGAGAACCGUUUACUGCACCAGAGCAUCACCGACACCAGCUCCCGAUUGGCCAGCUUGGAAACUCAACUCAAAGUAUCAAAUGAGGAGGCAGAACGGCUGAGGGAGAGGGCAGGACGGUGCGAGGAGGCGGAGAGAGAGGCAAUAAGGCUGGAGCGGAGCAGGGACACUGUGAACAGAGAAGUGGUGUCUCUGCGUGCAUGCAGCGAGCGGUCAGAGGCUCUUGAGAAGCAGGUGUCCUCCUUUGAGCAGGAGGUGCACCGACUGAAGAGGGAGGCAGAUGAAGCCCAGCAACAGCUGCAGCACCUGAACAGGCACGAGGUAGAGAACAGCCUGCUGUCAAAGGAGAACCUGGACCUCCGCUGCUCACUGGAAAACCUGCGCUCCUCAUCCGCUCGUCUAGCUACCCUGCAGGAGGAGCAUACAGAAGUCCAGAGAGAGACACAGGAGCUGAAAAGGAGGCUUGAAGAGGUCAGAGAGGAGGCACAAACAGAGAGGAAGAGGGCAGAAAGGCUGGAGGUGAACAUGGCAACUCUGAAUCAGGAGAAGCAUCGAUUAGAAGAGGAACUAGAGAGGAGUAAAGAUGAGAGGGAGGAGGUAGAGAGGGAGAGACAGGAGACGCAAAGCAGAGAGGAGGAAUGGAGAAGGGAAGUAGAGGACCUGAAAGAGGAGCGUAAAAGGAGGGAGGAAGGAGACAAGGAGAGGAGGAAGCUACAACUGGACCUGGAGCAGUCAGAGAAGGGUAGGAAGCACCUGGAGAAGGAGAGCUUGAAGAUCAGAACUCUGCUGGAGGGAAAAGAGACAGAACUGGAGGAGAGGGUAAGGCUAUUGGCUACAAUUGAAAAGGAAGGCGGAGUGCUGAGUAAAGAAGUGAACAGGUUGAAGGAGGUGGCAGUCAAAGCCAAAGAGCUGGAGCGGGAGAACAAGGAGCUACAUAAACAGGCGACUAUUGACAAGAGAACUCUGGCUACACUGAGAGAGGAGCUGGUGUCAGAGAAGUUGAGUGUUCAGCAGCAGAGUGUUGAGUUAGAAAGACUCAAUGAAGAACUGGAGAAGAUUGGACUGAACAGAGAAAAACUACUGCAGCAGGAGCACACCCUGGAGGACAGCAGGUACAGGCUGCUGGAGUCUCGGCUGGAGGAAACUGUCCAACAGACAAUGAAGAUUAAGGAGGAGAAAAUAUUCACUCUGGAAAAGAAGCUACAGGAGAGCAACACACUCAACGCUACGUUACGAGCUGAGCUAGCUAAUGGUCACAAGACAGUGUCUGCCCUGAGUCAGAAACAGGAGGAGGAAGAAAACCACAUCUCCCAGCAGCACUUCGGUUUUGACCUAUGUCAGAGGUCAGCCACUGCUGAGCUUCUACGAAUCAAAGAUCAUCUUAUUGACGUAGAAAAGAAAAAUGCCUCCUUGCAAACAGAGAGCAGUCUGUUGAAGGAGCAGCUUAAACAGCUGGAGAACCAGAACAAUUCUCUUAACAACCAGAUAGUGGCACUGCAGCGACACACUACCACACUGCAGGAACAGAACUCAUCCUUACACACACAGACUGCAAAGCUGCAGGUGGAGAACUCCACACUCUCCUCCCAGAGUGCAUCUCUCAUGGCCCAGAAUGCUGUGCUGCAAGGCCAAGUCACUGCCUUGGAGACAGAGGUAGAGUCGUGGCAGCGACAGCGUGAGGAGGCGUGGCGGGCUCGGGAAAGUGUGCUCAGCGACCACGAACGCCUUCUGAGCGUCCAUGAGAGGCAAGCGCAUGAGUAUGAGCAGCAUAUCAGUCAGCACGCUGCACUGAAAUACAAACAGAGGGCGCUAGAGAGUGAACAAAGGACUCUGCACAGCCAGUAUUGCGUUUUGCUGCAGCAGAAGGAGAAGUGGGAUGAACAGGAGGGGCAUGGUCAGAAAGAGAAGGAAGAACUUAACCAGGAGAUCCAGAAGAAUCGGCUACUGCAGCAAGAGAAUCUGCAGCUAAAAACAGAAGUGGACAGAUUGACAGAGAGCCAAUCACAGCACUCAGAGAAGAGUGAAGGACUUCAGCAGAGAAUGAACGAACUUAAGAGGUCAUUAAGCUCUGCCCAGCUGGAAGAGAGUCAAUGCAGGGCACAAUACGAUUCACUGAUGGAACAACACCAGGGCCUGGAUCUUACCAUGACCAAACUAGACAACCACUGUGAGCUGCUGAGUCGACUGAAAAUGAACCUGGAAGAGGAGAACCACCACCUCCUGAGUCAGAUCAACUUGCUUAGUCAGCAGAACCACACCCUGCUUGAGAGGAGCAUGGAGAGCAAAGAACUCUAUCACCAGGAGCAGAAACUAUACAUUGACAAGUUGAAUACUCUUCGUCGGCAAAAGGAGAAACUAGAAGAAAAGAUCAUGGACCAAUACAAGUUCUACGACCCAACACCUAAAAAGAGGAGUCAGUGGUCUGGAGCCAAAGCUUUAGUCAACCUGAUCAAACCCCGGAAGGACAGCAGCAGGGAUAGAGGGGGCGACCGAGACAAGGAAGGGGCCAAGGAGAAAGACCGAGCAAAGAGUGCCCCAGACAUCCCGCUACCUGCCCCACCCCACUCCUCCCCCCGGACGCGCCCCCCUCUUCCCCAGCGGGGGGGAAGUGACUCACAAGAGGUUGGCCACGCUCACAGUAACCUAAACAACCACACCAGCAGCCCCGGCCUUGGGUCCCAGAGUCCAGCGCCACUGACACCCAUCAGAGGUUUGACUGACAGGAGCCACAGAGUUUAUCGUAGCAGUACACCAGGAGGCAGCAGUGAGAGUGUCAAUGGAGAAGAUGGACACGGACAAGGUCAGACCUAUAAAACUCUGAGCUCUACUCCGAGCUACCACUUGUCCUCACUGGGCCUAAGCAACAAUUCCAGCUCCAGAAUUGGACCAGGCCCUAGCCGCAGACCCAGAGGUCUGUUACUUAAUGAAGACUCUUGCCACAAUACAUCUGACUCUGUGUUUGGUCACCAUGGCAACAUUGGAGGUCGCCCAGGAUCGGCAGACUUCAGCCACAACACCUCCAGCUCCAACUCACCUGUGAAUUGCAGAGACUCACUGGAUUGUCCGGGGCGCUCAGCCAGCCUCUCAAGUGACGAUGUCAUGGGUCUCAGCCGAUCACAGCAGACUCUGUCGCGUAGCUCCACCCUCCCAUACGACCACGCGCCCCAGAGGGCCCAACCUCAGCGUGGAGGUGGAGUUAGAACCAAGACAAGGUCAUCAUCACCUGGAAGUGAGAUGGUGUCGCUGGAAGAGUUUUUACAAGAAAGCAACUUGAAGUCACCUCCUAUGGUCUCUACAGGAAGCAAGGAGGACUUGAUGACUGACUAUUUCACCAGAAGUCCUGCCCCCUCAGCUCCCACUAUCAGAGAUCAGGUGACUCCCACCAGCUAUGUCUCGCCCACUGUACAAACAUCCAACCAGAGGCCAGGCCAGAGCGUGAAGCCUUCACCUCGCCAACCAGUGGGCCAGUCUCCAUCCUCAUGCCCGCCCCUCGGCCAGAGAACCAGCCAAUCAUUGAGCCGUGCCUUCAGCUUGGCCUCAGCUGAUUUGCUGCGUUCUAGUGGACCAGACAGUUUCCGCGGAAAUGAGGCCUCUCCUGGCCAAUCAGAUGUGGUAGUUCGACGGCAAGGAGGAGGAGUAAAUGGGAGAGAACGGCCACUCUCUGCCCGUCUGGCUGGUCCAACCAAUCAAAUUGGAGAUGGCAGCUUUCUAAACCAACCCAUUCACCACUCAUCCUCUCUGAAUCUGCAGACGGAGAGAUGCACAGAGCGAGAAAGAGAGAGGGGGAGGACUCCUGCAUCCCAGAACGGCCCGUCCUCGUCCUCUUCCUACCAUCACCAUGGCGAGGUCGCCAUGGUCACUCCCACCAGGGCUGUGCCAGCAAAACCGCCUAAUGAGGCCUUUGAGCAAGGGGAGGUGUUAAGAGAGGGACAGUCAGAUGACUCCUCCCACUUAAAGAAAGAAAGUGAGAGCCCUGUUGAACGCCCAAAAAGCACACCAGCAUCCCCUGACCCCAACAACGACCCCCAAACAGUGUGGUACGAGUACGGUUGUGUCUAAAACCUGGAACCAGAUACUCUUAACUUCAGUCUGCAUGAGCUAAAUGUUGGAGCUGUGUGGACUGAGUCAAAACCCUCAGGCACAUGUAAUCAGUCUUUGGACUAAAUUCUUUGUCUUGUGGAUAAAUCUUAGAACUUUGAAGCCUGUGGUCAAACGUUGUUCCAAUACAGCAACAGGCACAGGAAGUCUAUGGGCAGGACUUUGUCACAUUUAAAAACAUCUCAGCAUGAAGGAUUAAAGUUUGUAUUUUCUGGUACAAACUUGUAGAUGAACAACCAAAACCUGUCGGUUUUAAUAUCAUUAUCAUAAUCUCAAAGUGACUCUCUCGGCGGCAGAUGCAAUAUAUAGGGAUUAAGAGAUGAACAUCACACUAAAGUCUCUGACAAUGCUUGAAUUCAUGAAGCUUUGCCUGUUUGUUAUCAGCAUGUUGAGCUUGAUCCAGCAAACCGCCUCUGUCCAUAUGAUGGGCUUUUCUCUGGGGCAACAAAGCUGCCAAAGGAGCUGUUUUUUAAAUGGUGUUUCCAUUCUUGACUGUAUUUGAGGUGAAUUGUGGAUGUUUUGACCAGAUUAUGAUCCAGAUGUAAAAAAUGUUUAAAGCGUUCCAAUUUUAAUAUCUAUUGAAAUGGAGAUGCAAGCUGCAGUGUCUGAAGUCUGAGAAUCCAUAACACUUACAGCCCAGUUGUGGACCACAACACUAGGGGCAAUGGGCUUUGUCUAUGAGCUGGAACUCUGACUGCCCACUGGCUGGCCCUGCAAAUGUUUACCUGGCUGCCAGCAGUUCUGCAGAAUUGUAGGCAAUGAAUUAGCCUUCACCAAGAGUGACUGAACUAAAGUUAAGAUGACCAGAAGCACGAGAGCAACUGAAUGUAUCAGAUUUACCCUCCCUUUUUCUCGCCUCUUCCUCUUCUCUGUUAUGUAGAAAAAACACUGGAAAGAGGAAUUACAGAAACCGGGGGGAUCUUGCAAAGAGAGAGGAUUCAAGUGGAAUGGAAAAGGGGUAAAGACAGAGAGAAAGUAGGUUAGAAUAAAUAGAGGGAUGCUGUGAUGGACACAGAUGAAUUGACAGAUAUAGAGAUGGAUAGAGUGAUGGGAGGAUGAACAGAUAAACAAGACAGAGAUGGAGGGGCCCCACCCAUUUAAAUUAUAGUCUUUCUCCCUCCAUCUUUAGAUUCUGUCCCAGCAUGCAACACUGUGACACUUUACUGGAAAUGUUGCUCUGUCCAAGCCAACACUAGAUUCAAAAACACACACACACGCACACACACACACACACACAUGUACAGUAUAUGUAAUGAUGCAGACACAGACAUUGUCCUUCAGGGGGUUGGUUGUGGCUUUUCUAACCAUUGAACUGGAUUUAAUUUACACUCGCGUGCACACACAUGCAUGGACACACACACACUCUGCUGAGUAAACCACAGUGUACUGCUGCAUGCUAAGUAAGCCCACAGUUUUAGGCGCUGCACAACAGACAGUGAGUGCGAUGGAGUCUGAGCCUGGACCCACUGUGAUCUGGAUAUUUAGAGUUGUGCCUAUAAUUAAUUUACUGUGGCAAUAGUUUUUAUGAGAAAUAAAUGAAUACACAGUGUCUAGCAGAUCGUUCUGUCUGUAAGUGCACAUAGAAUAGAAUAGAAUAGAAAGCUUUAUUGUCAUUGUACAGGGUACAAUGAGAUUAACACACUUAACUUUAGCACAUAUGCUAUGCUGUUAGCAAGCAUAGCUACUGAGUAAGCAUUUUCUGAAAUGGACAAAAUCUUCAAUAACAGUUUGUGUUUUAUAUUUUUGUUAUUUCCCAAGCAAAAACUACACAUGGCAUUUGCUUCCAUCUUCUAUCUGUGUUCGCCCGCACCAGCAUUAGGUGAUCAUUGUGUGUGUGACUAUAGUCCGAGUUUACCUGCUGCCAGCUGUGUAAGCAAACACUGACACAACAUGAGCCAUUUAUUUGAGGCUCAAGUGAAACACUGAGAUCAGAUGUAGUUUGUGUGCUUUAGCUCAGACAUUCCAGAUUCCCCAACAUUUGCAACACUGAUAAAGGUGUUUUCUAAACAUUAAAUUUAGCAGAUAAUUAAAACUCAACAUCCAUAAUGUACUAUUUAUCUCACAAUUACUAGCAGAUCAUAUAAUAAAGAAAAGAAAAGUAAAAAAAACAGUUUUUAGACAGAAUGACCAGAUGGAAAUAAUACUGUGUAACCAUUUUAACAUUACAACAAAAUAGUCCUUACAGCGGAUUUUGAACACUUACUAUGUCUAAUAUAACCUUUGACAUUAAAGGGACAGCACGUCACUGAAUAGCUGACAGAUAUAUAAUGGUUCACACUUUAUUUAUUGUCAUAUGGCACAAACCUUACAUGUACAUUUUAAAUGUUAUUAAGUCAGCCCAGCUAAUACUCUUAGACUUCUCUCGACCACACCUGUUUAUCACAUUUAAACAUCAUGUUUGUCUCUUAGCGGCACAGUCUCACAAAUUAUUAAGUUCUCACAAAAACACCUUGAUAUGAAGUCACCUUUUCUUAGAUUUAUCACUUUUAUUCUUGACCGAAGGUCAAACAUGAGUCACAAGUCUCCUGCAGACACAGGUGAUUUUGUUUUCAGUGUUGUCAGCGCUGGUUAUUUACACAUAUGUGUUGUAUUCUGUGGUGAACAGAGAGAAGAGGAAGAUGAUGGAAAGGAGGUGGGAGAAAUUAAUUUGUGUUCCUUGGGGAAAAAAAUUGAAAAAAUGAAUCUCACAAUAGUGACACUGAUCCACUGACGUUAUGUCUGUACUGCUUUAAAUACACAUCUAUCCUUCCUGCAUUAGAAAUGACUGACAACAAGCGGAGUGAGGAGGAGGAAGAUGUAACACUGGAGUUGUGAGAAUGAAGUCUAUCACUAAACCUUCUGCUCACAUUCUGAACAAAAAUCACAUGACAAUAUGCAACGAGCUAAAUUAUUUUACCUGUAACAUUUGUACAUGAUGUCAGAUUUUAUAAACAAGUCAAAUGUCAGAAGACCUGGGAUACAUUUUGUAAAAUCUUCUGGAACUUAGCUUUGAAAAUGUUUGUUGAUACCAAAACAAAUUCCUGUAAACUGGUUAAACCCUGUGAUUCCAGUAAAGCUUUGAUAGAUGUAGAUUUGUUUUAAUACUUUAGAAGUUUACAUAGUAGUGACAUGAUGUGAAACACUGUAGGAUGAUCCUGUUGAUAGUUUAUCUGUUUACCUGUUUUCAGUUGGUGUGUGUUGUCUUUGUUCUGUCUGUACUCUUCAUCACUAUUUCUUAAAGAUGUGUGUGUGUGUCAGUUUCAGUUUUCCAAUGUCGAAAUGGGAAAAACAAUUAUUCACAGAAGCAAUUUUCAUGUUAUUGUAACACACCAUCUCACACACACUUUAUGCAAGUGUGUUUCAUAAUGUUACUGUUAUUGGCUUUCUGGAAGGUGUACGUGUCUGGCCUGUUUAUGUUUUUGUGUAUGUGUCAUUCUGCUUUGCUGACUACCUGUUUGUUGACCAGUCCACCUGCAUUACUGUUCUAAAACUGUGGCAUCCUCCUUCUAUGACACCUCUGUGAUCCCUCGCUCUUGGUUUAUGUGUCUUCGCACCAUUGUGCACACUUAACUGAAAUAAAAGAAGAGCUGCUAGGCAGCGUCACGUGAGGGAAGUGAAAGCAGAAGGUGAAGUGGAACUGACGUCACAGACUUCUCCUGCUCUAACUGGAAUAACUGCUACUGUAACUGAGGAGGCUGAUGUUAUUCAACUCAAAAGCGUUUUCUAAUAAAGAUCUCUAAUAUUGAACUGA